AUGGAUGAAUUGCGGAACGGUUGGGCUAAUGGCAUCAAAUAUCAAGGAGCCGUCGACACUCUGUGUGGUACGUCUAUAGAAGAAUUUGCUGCAUUAACAAUGCCUUUAAAGAAAUGUAAGGCAAUUGGUCAAGUGCAUCCGGCAGCAAAAAAAAAGAAACAGCAACGCAGACGAGAAAGGAACGCAAGACUAGCAGUGCUGCACCAGGGAGCUGCUUCGGCCAGAGCUUCUGGGACCGAGCCACAGUUGCCACCUCAGGUGGGGCUGUGGCCGGACACGGACUGCACUCCGUGGACGUCGGACGGUACCCCGAUGCUGCGGCCGCCGACAGAGUCCCGGGGCUGCCGGGAUGACGGGGCGGAGAUGAGGCGGGACGCGUGGGGGCGGCUGCCGCAGCCCGGCUGGGAGCGCGAGAGCGGCACUGGCCUUUACUCGUUUGUGGACUCCUUCAGCCAGUCGAUGCAGAUCCUGGGCAGCCGUACUGUGGACGACGCGGCGGGUAUCGGUGCGGGUGCAGGUGACUUGCCCCCGGAUGGCUCUCCUGCCGGAUUGCCGGCGGUGCCGUACCCCGUGGCCGACUCUGUGGGGCUGCAGGAGCUGCAGAAUGCAAUGGGGGCCACGGACGAGGAGAUGGCCAUCAUGCAACAGCUGGGGGGCGAGGGGCCCAUCUGGGUUCCUGCCAAGGGCGAGGCUUCGGAUCUGCUGUCUGCACCGAAGGUAGAGGAGGAGGAGGAAGAGGCGGACAUUGUGGACCUGGACUGCCAGCAGAGUGCCCCAGACGUGUCAUCCGAAGGAGUCUCCUGCGGAGGCGGCGAAGGUGCGGCCGCGGCGGUGGUGCGUACCGGCGGGGUUCCGGCGGACGUCAGCGAAGCGGUUCCGGACGCCUCCGGCCGGCACGCCGUGUCCGCGCCUAGAGCUGCCGCACCUGCUGCGAAGGUUUCUGCUAAAAGGAAGAGGCAGCGCCGGACGCGGCCGGCGAAAGCGGCCGGCAGCGGCGGGGAGAACCUGCUGGCGGCAUACGAGGCGAAGGAGAUGGUGUGCCCGUCCUGCCACCGCUUCUUCCUGGGCAUCUCCGCCCUCCAGCAGCACGUGCGAUUGGCGCACGACGGCCGCGUCGACCCCGUCAAGAGAAGGAAAAAUCACUGUUCCUCGGUCAGCGGCCCGUCCGAGUGUGUCGCGGCCUCCGCGCUGGGUACGCCUGCCGACUCGCCGCCCCGGCUGGUCUGCCCGCUCUGCCGCGAACUGCUGGUCGGGAGGGACGCGCUGGCGGCUCACGUCGCCGAGGACCACCCGGGCAGCGCAGUGCCUACCGACUUCGCCACGUUGACGGCGCCGCCGAACGGCAGCAGUGAAUCGGUGGGACUGAAGACGCACAUCUCGACGGCUCUCGGAGGGCUGCUGGACCGAGCCCUCAACAACCGGCCAGAGAAGGGACCCGGCUCAGGUGACUCUGCCAGCCACCACCGUCGGAGCCGACAGACACCGAUCGUGCCGCCGAAGCUGACGGCCCCGCGAUCCGAACUUGAGACUGAGUCCGGGUCGUCAUCGUCGGGCCGGCCGCGACGCGUGUACGACACGGAGCUCGCCAGGCGGGUGUGGCAGCAGUUGAGUUCGAGGCAGCCCCCCACCGAGUUGGAGCUGCAGCGCGCGACCGCGAGUGCCGACGGCAAGUUUGUCCUGUACCCCUACGUCUGCUUCUACUGCGAGUGCCGGUUCGAGCAGCAGAGCGUUCGGAACAGGCACAUGGUUCAGGCGCACAAGAACGAGAUCAUCACCUCCAAGGCAUCGCAGUUGGAGCCCGACGCCAACCCGGAUGACGUAUCUGCCAGUGAAGACUCCGACCACAACUGCGGCACAGACUUCGGCGCGUCACGAGGACUACCCGCGCGCGGUGGAGCGGAACGCGGCAGGCCGGAUCCCCUGCCGCGGGAGUCAUCGCCCGCGCCGCACGGGGGCCGCGACGGGGGAGUCUCCGCACCCGCAUCUCCGUCCGGCGAGGAGACUGUAAAGCAGAAGGCGAUGGCGGCUCUGCGCGAGCUCGGCGUGUGGGACCGCCGGCGCAGGGGCUGCCGGGACCAGAGUGCGCUGCGGGACGAGUGGGGGCCGCAGUUCUCUCCGGCACCGGCAGCCGCCGCGGAGUUCACCGUCGACACACCGACACUGGUGGGAACUGACCGACUCACAUCUCCGAAGCGGGAGAUCGAGGCCGUAUUUGUUGAAGAAGCAGCUCCGUUUCUGCACAAGUGUGAGCUGCCCGACAGCCUCGAUACCGCGCGGGAUCCCCUGAGCAUCGAGGAAGAGGGUGGUGCACUUGGUAAUGAUCCUCUUCCCAUUUGUGAUCUGCAGAGAAUUAAGAAAGAGGUUCUUGAAGAAGAUGCAGUAGCAGUCUCAGGGUUUGGUGUCCUUAUUAAACAGGACCCGGACUUAUAUUUAGGAGUGGAUGCAACUGAGAAUAAAAUUUUUUCCAUUAGAACAUGUGCUGCUGAACUGCUUAGGGGUGACGGUGGUGGUGGUGGUGGUGGUGGUGGUGGUGGUGGUGGUGGUGGUGACGGUGAUGAUGGGUUUCAAGAGCCAUCACCAGCAUGA